AUGGGUUUCCUUAGCGAAUUGAUCUCCGACUUCACCAGCUCUGGUUCAAAGGACCAACAGCAACAGCAGCAGUCAAGCUAUGGCCAAUACCCACCCCAACAACAGCAGGGUUACUCACAGUACCCUCCCCCACAGCACUCUCAGCAACCACCACCAGUCUCACCACCAUGGUACGCUGAGUGGGAUCAACGCGAGAACCGUUGGGUCUUCGUGAACCAGCAGAACGGCGAGCGAACUUUCCAGUACCCCGGACCCGGCUACGCGCAACAACAGGGCAACUACGGCGCUCCACCAUCACAAGGUGGAUAUGGUUACGGCCAGGAUGGUUACAGCAACCAGGGUGCAUACCAGCAGAGCGCGUACGACCCAACUCGCAGCGGUCAGCAGCAAGAAGAGAAGAGCGGCGGUAAUGGCUGGAAGUAUGCCGCAGCCGGUGUCGCAGGUGUUGCAGGCGGUGCACUGCUGAUGCACGAGAGCGACAAGAUUGAAGACGGCUGGGACAGCGCCAAAGCCAACGUAUCCAACGGCGUCGACGAAUUCGGCAACGACGUCAGCAACUUCCCCGAGAACGCCGCGGGCUGGACCGGCGAGCAAGUCGGGCGCGCCGAGAACUUUGGCGACGACGUCGAGCAGAAGUGGGAUAACGGCGUUCAAGACGUGGAAGACUUCCCGGAAAACGCGGCGGAGUGGACGGGCGAGAAGGUGCAGGCUGUGGAGGAUAUACCGGAGGAUAUUGAGAAUAAGUGGGAUAAUAUGACGGAGGGUGUGGAGCAGUUUGGUGAUAACAUGGAGAGUGCGUAUGAUGAGGGGAGGGACGAACAGAGGUAUGAUGAUGAGUAUUGA